UAGCAUCGAUCGAAGUAGAACUGUAGCAGCAGCAGCAGCAGCAGCAGCUUCGUGAGAGCGCGAGGGGGAGAGGGAGAGAGAGAGAGAGAGAGAGAGAUCGAUCGCGAUGACGCUGGGGAGUUCGGGUGGAUCGAGCGUCGUCGUUCCUCGGAACUUUAGGCUGCUAGAAGAACUUGAGCGUGGAGAAAAGGGGAUUGGAGAUGGGACUGUUAGCUAUGGAAUGGAUGAUGCAGAUGACAUCUUAAUGCGUUCUUGGACAGGCACAAUAAUUGGCCCACACAAUACUGUUCAUGAGGGCCGCAUUUAUCAGCUGAAGCUGUUCUGUGACAAGGACUAUCCUGACAAACCACCAAGCGUUCGGUUUCACUCUCGAAUCAAUAUGACUUGCGUCACCCCUGAUACAGGAGUGGUUGACCCAAAGAAGUUUGGCUUAUUGGCAAAUUGGCAACGUUCGUACACAAUGGAGGAAAUUCUGACACAGCUUAAGAAAGAAAUGGCAGCUCCACACAACCGGAAAUUAGUCCAGCCUCCGGAAGGAACAUUCUUCUAGAUCGUUGAUUCUUGAUCUUUUGCAUCUCAAGAUGUGGGGCGUACUUGUGUAAGGGCUUACAAAACUCAAAUGCUUGUUAUUACAUUUUGCAUGGUAUAUUUGGCUGAUAGAAGUCUACAUAUGCACUGAUUGUAACUGCCCAUGACUGGUUACAGUGUCAUUAUGAAGAGUGAAAAGGUAUAUCAUCCUUAAAUUUGAAAUUUUGAUCAUGGUUAGGUUCUCCAUUGUUGAA